AUGGAAUCCCUGCUCCAUUCGACCAUUCCAGAUCCUCCAGCCACAAUACACGACACGAAACCCUUAAAUGAGGAGACACCCGAGUCACUUCCAAUCGAGAAGGAGCUGGCAACUCUGGUCAUCAACGAGACAGGCUCGCAAAAGUACAUCGGAGCUGCUUCUGGUAUGUCUAUUUUGUCGCCGCGAGGACUGGCUUGGGUUGAGCGGAAGACCGGGACCAGCAGAAUGCGAGGAAUCAUGCGGGAAUUUCAACGCAGCGGACACUUGUGGCCAUCGUCCAAAUCUGGCCACCAAUGGAACGACUUCAGCUCCCCCAGGCACAACCUCCCAUCGAAGGAAGCAGCCAUCCAUCUUGCGAACCAUUAUUUCGACUUUUUCAAUGCCUCAUUUCCCCUGCUUGACCGGCGGACGUUCUGGGAGAACUUCGAACGACAAUACUCCAGGGAUGCCGACUUCAAGCACUCUUGGUUCGCGUUAUUAAACAUCGUCCUCGCCAUCGCCUGCAUUACAGCCACGGACGCAGUGUUGACCAACGUGCUCAUCUGUGAUCCUCUCUGCUCCACCAAUAUGGCAGACAUGGGAUCCAAGUACUUGCAGAACGCUUGCUCCAUGUUGUCAGAAGUCAUGCUUCUCGACACGGAUCUCACCGCUGUUCAGGUGCUUAUGGGAAUGGCUUUCGUCAUGCAGGCCUCCAUGAAUCCCGAGGGGGCCUUCACCUUGAUGGGCACAGCUGCACGGCUUGCUAUGACUCUUGGUCUGCAUCAGUGGCUUGAAGGGUUCGGCCUGUCCAAGUCCGAGCUUCAACAACGCCAACGGGUGUUUUGGAUCCUGUACAUCCUCGAAAAGGACCUCUCUUCCCGGGUUGCUCGGCCUUCCGCCAUUGAUGAUGAUGACAUCGACCUCGACGCCGCCUUGAGAAGGGUAGACGAUGACGCGGGAAUCGCCAUAUCUUUCACGAGCAAGGACAACCAAAAGUUCUAUGCGUUCAAAAGCAUGUGUGCCCUGGCCGUUAUUCAGAGCAAAAUCUACCGAGAACUCUACCGCGCCAACUCGCGCAGAAAGACGGUCGCCGAGCGGAUUCGGUCCAUCAGCAGACUCGAUGCAGAGCUUCAGGACUGGAAAGACAGCAUCCCAUUGGAGAUCAGGCCUGAGCAUCAGAUCCAGUGCGACGAUCAAAAUCGCUUCCCCAUCAUGGUACUUCACUGUGGAUAUUACGGUUGCUUGUCAUCCAUUCACCGUGCCAAUGCUCACCACGAAGUAUGGACCUCCGGGGCGGAGGAAAUGGCGACCGACGCGAACGACCUGAAGGAGUCUCCAGCGUCUCCAUCGAAGAAAGCCUGGACGAAUGUUCGGACUCAGUCAUCAUAUGCGCUCUGCCUUGCUGCGGCCCGGUCGAUGCUCCACCUAUUGAUCGAGUUUCUAGUCAGUAAAGACGAUCCACGCAACAGCAUGCUCUGGGCCGCCCCUUAUUUCCCCUUCCAGGCCUAUAUGGUCCUGUUCACCCAUCUAGUACAGUAUCCAUUGGACGAAAGGGCCAACGCAGAUAUGGUACUCAUGGAGAGAGCCUUGACCAGUCUGAGCCUAACGAUCCUCCCCAAUGAUGCCUCCUUCUCGAAUUUUGCCAGUCACGUCCUGCGUGAAUUUCUCAUCAUCGUACAAGAACACGUCAGGAAUGCAAGGGCUAAGGCCUCUCCACCGCCCCCUGGGGAGUUUGGUUUCGGGGCGCGACAGCCACAGACGGGCGGUCCAAUCCCACAACGAGAGCAAGACUCUCACACGCAUAUGGAAACGUCGCCGGCCGCAAGCCUCUCAUCGACUUUCGGUCAAACGACUUCGAAUAGCUUCCGCUCCGAUAACAGAGAUUUCAAUUCGACGACCGCCCAACCAACUCCUUUCGAACUAUUCAAUUUGAAUGGGCCUUUUUCUACGCCGUCGACUUCUAUCAAUACUACUACUUCGAUUGACCCUACCUUUGAUACCGACCCAGAUGCUUUGGGGAAUCUCAUUACGGACGAUCCUUUCUAUCUUCUACAGUAUGGCGACUGGGAUUGGAGUACUUGA